UUCUUCCACCUACUAUUCAAAGCUCAUUAAGUCUUCUCGCUCUCUCUAUUUGGUUACUGAGGAUCUGUGAAGCUCCGUCACCAAAUUUUAUUCGAAGCAUUUCAGCAUUUGAUCUUCGCUGCCGUGUCAAGUCCAUUGAACCAGUACAAAAAAUUUUUAUGGGUUUGGCCUCUAUUGGCACUGCUAGUGAAGGCAUGCAACUCUGCAUAUUUGAUUUGAGAAGGGGCCAGCAUGAAGGCCAAGAACUUGACAAAAUUUUAUUCUUCUUUCCUGCUGAUUUGCCCUUUUCGUCUCAACUCUCAGUGAUUGGGCUCAGUGAAGGGCUUAUUACAUUCACGCGAAUUUUCUCUCCGGAGGCGGCUUGCGAGGUUAUAGAAGCAGAGAGACAUUCUCAUGUUUUUUACGAGGCAGAGCCGGAUAUCUGGAUGAUUAUGGUAGUGGAGAAAAGUAAGGAGUUGGAAGCCAUAUGGCGGAUUGAUGCAUUAAGAGAGGUUCUUAAGGAAAUUCACUCUCUUUUCAUGAUGUUUCAUGGAUCUAUAAGAGCGUUGCUUGACAAAGAACCUGGUGGAGAACUAACUCGAGCUCAUUUAUACCCUUUCAUCAUGGAUUAUCUGAGAGCAUGUCAAAAGCGGUCUCCCUUGGAUGAGUGCUGCUGGGAUUUUCUGGUUGGGAAGAAACUCCAGUUGCCAUCAUUCCGUGACUGUUUAAAGGAACGAAGGACUGUACAGAUGCUAACUGUAGGACGGGAAGCUGCAAUUGAAGUUCAGACACUGGUCAGGGUACUAGAAUCGUGUGCUGGCAACACAUCGUGCUCGUCACUCAUUUUAUUUCAGGACCUGCUCGUAUCCACAACACUUUCCCCUGAGGAUACCAUAAACUUAUUCACAUAUGCUGUUCUAAGGCUAACGCCACAUGCACUAUCCUCUGGUGCAAGUUCCUGGUCCUAUUUACGCAAAGGAAAUUCUUCAUCACAUGUUGCUACUGGAUCAACCUUGGCCCACUCUGGAUCUGUUUCAGAACAAUUUUAUGGCUCACGUGAUACUUCUCCUGCUGGAGAUAAUAGAUAUCGUAUCACAAGGCCCUUACAGCAUGACAAGUGGUUCAAAGGGAAGGAUGGUUUUCUUGGUACUGAUAUUUGGGGUAUUGAUGCUGGUAGCUUGAAUGUUACCACUCCAACAGUUUGGCUACGGCAGACGGAGGAGAGGAUGUAUCUCUGUGCUUAUCAGUACAGAAGCCUUACAUUGAUCCUUCUUAUUCCUUUUGCAUCCAUCCUCAAUGGGGAGCAAGGUGUUUCAAUUGUGAAACAACAACUUCUUGAAAAUGCAUCACUAAAGAUUUUGAAAGUUGAAGAAAAGUUGUCAAAGGGAUGGGGUGGAGAGAAUGCUUAUCACGUUAGUGGGUACCGUUACUUGUUAGUGGAUGGUAACAGAGAGAUAUCCAGGGCUUCACCCCCAGCAAAGGUUACAACACUUACAAAGGAAUCUUUGCUCGCCUUAAAUAGGCUUAGAGAAGAAGUUGAUUCAGAAAAGAGUCGAGCAAAAUGGGAUAAUCCAGGUCAUGACAAAGAUUUGGAAGUUUGCAUUAGAGCGAAAAAUAAUGCUUGGGCCAUUGCUCGUAUUACCGGAGGGAAGGAGCUUUAUAUGGUACUAGAGAAAGCUAAUGAAACGCUCCUCUACGCAUCUGAUGCUGUUGAGAAAUUCAGUAACAGAUAUUGCAGUGGAGCAUUUUCUUUGGACUAGUGAAAACUUCCGGAGGAAUUGGUAUCAUAAUAGUGUAACAAUAAUGAGAGAUACAUAUGGUGGGUGAGCAUUUUCUUUCCCUUGCUUUGGCAACCUUAGCAGAUAUGAGGUUUCCUCUCACUACUGAUAUUUUUGGCAUAAACUUAAAAAGAGAAAAGCUAAGCUUCUAUCAGUUGUAUGUAAAGUGUAAUUGGUGGCUGAUGCAUGCAAAAUUGUUUAUUUAUUCAUUUAUUUUUCUCUAGUGCCCUCA